GAAGCCUGGGUUGCUGCAGUGACUUGAGACUGCUAUGGCCGUGCCCCAGCGUGGAUUACUAUUCUCUCUUAUCUUCACAGCUCUCAUUUUACUACACAUAGGUAAUUGCCUUCAGAUGGAUCAACAACUUUGCCGCCCAGAAUGCAUUGCUUCCCCAUCCCCUGACAAGUCAUACCAGAGAGGGGUGAGAUACACGUACAGGUACAGCUCGACGAUAACCACGACUCUACAAGGCUCUACCUCAGGCAGAAAUGGACUGGCUCUCGACUGUGUGGUGGACAUUGACGUGAUUUCCAAGUGUCACCUUAUGAUGCAGAUCAGGAAUCCACAGAUAAAGCGUCUUUCUCCCCAGAAGGAACAUUCUGUGCAACGCCUGAAGAGUUUGAGGGAGUCGCUGGAGAGGAGUCGCCUCAAGUUCUCCCUCCAGGGGGGAAAGGUCACGGCCCUCUGUCCACAGGAGGGGGAGCAGCUGUGGACUCUGAACAUCAAGAGAGCUCUACUGAGCAUGCUCCAGACCUCCCGCACCACCGAGAAGCAGGAAGUAGUGAAGGAGACGGAUCUGUACGGGACCUGCACGAGUAAGUAUGAGAGGAGAGGGCCUCUACUGGUGAAGACGAGGAACCUCAGGCAGUGUCAACAGGACCGACUGGCAUACUUCUGGCCCAAUUCCACCCCUCUGAGAGAGGACACGACAGUGGACUCCAAACUCCAAUGUACCCAGCGGCAUGGGACUACAGUAAUGGAGGAGGUCAACUGCACAGAGAUCAUCUCCAUGGUACCAUUGUCAGGGUCAACAGGAGUGGUGAAGACCCAGACCGUCUCUACCCUUACGCUGCUCAGAGCCCAGAAAGGCACACCCUCAGGAGUGGAUACACUGGGUCCAGGUGUCCUGAGUGACCUCCAGUUUGUAGAGGAGGGGGCUGAAGGCCAAGUCCGAGGCUGGACGUCCUCCCCCCAAGAGGCCACGGACACCGUUAGGAAGCUGUGUGGUCUUACCUCUGACCAGCAACAGCUGUCGGAGCUGUUUCUGCACUUGGCCUUUCAACUGAGAGCCCUGUCCCUGCCUCAGCUCAGAACACUGUGGCACGACGCCUCCUUCAAGUGCCGUAACGACUGGCAGCCUCUCUUGGACGGCCUACCAGCGUGUGGCUCAGAGGAAUGCAUCGCCCUCUUAACAGACCUCAUCCGGGACGAGGAGAUAGAGCAGGAGCGGGCCCACUCUUUUCUCACCACCAUCGCCCUCAUCCCUCACCCCUCACCACACAUCGUCGGCUCCGUCAACGCGUUGCUGAAGACACCUGAGGUGUGGACCAAGGCCCUGUUGACUGGUUCUUCCCUGGUCCACCUGCUAUGUCGGAGGAGCCAGUCUCCCUGCAGUCUCAUCCCCCAGGUCCAGAGCUUCAUACAGGCACUGAAAGACACCCUGGGAGAGGGCUGUGGAGGAGACAAAACAGAGCUGCUCUACGCAUUGAAAGCAGUGGGAAAUGCAGGCUUGGCUGCUUCAGCUCUCAUCCCUCAGCUAAACCUCUGUAUACAGAGCCAUUCCACCCCUCUGGAGCUGAGACUCACUGCCCUACAAGCUUUCAGACGCAUCCCCUGCAGUGCUGACAGGGGGUCUGUGCUGCGGCUCUACCGUGACCACCAGGAGGAGGUGGAGGUCAGGAUCGCUGCAUACCAGCAGAUAAUGCACUGCCCUGACCCCGAAGUGCUUCGAGCAGUGAAGACGACUCUGAGCCAUGAGACCUCCAGCCAAGUGGGCUCUUUCGUGUGGAGUCACCUGACCCAGGUCCUGAGAACUGAGGACCCCAUGAAGCAGGCCCUGAUGGAGGCACUGCCUGAUGACAUCAUUACCAAAGACUUUGAGGCUGAACCCUGGAAAUACUCCUCUUAUUCAGACUACACUGCAGACUCAGGAUUUGGAGUUGUAAAUAUGGAGGGAGCCUUGGUUUUCUCUUCCAAGUCCUUUGUUCCGCGCUAUGCCAUGGCUAACCUGACCGUCUACAUCCACGGAAGAGCUUUCAAUCUGCUUGAGUUCUCAGGAGGGAGACUGGAGGAGGCCAGACCACGUUGUUGGCUUGGUGUCAAAGUGUUUGGGAAUGAGUUGAGCGUGGUGACCUGUGCUGACCUCUACUCCCAGAUAAAGGAGCUGUCACUCAGUAUGGCUGGGCUUGCCGUCAGACUGCUGAAGGGUCAGGAGGUGCAGCUCCACCACAGGGCAGUGGUGAUGACAGAGGAGUUGGUCCUGCCCUCUCUGUCAGGCUUACCCAUUAGACUGGGCAUCAACAUGACCUCCCUCCUCUCCCUGCACCUCAAGGGCAGUGCCAACUACAGAGACUGGUCCCAUUUCUCACUGGCAGGUCACAUCAAGCCCAAGUAA